UGUAAUUGCUCAAAAUGUUUUAACUAUAGCUGUAAGUUAGCGAAGAAAUCUUAUUUUGAAGGUCCUGACCGGAAGUUAGUGUGUUUCAUGUCUGAUUGUGUGUGGCUUGACCAGAAAUAAGUGUUUAGCGGGCAGGCAGGGCGUCCAGCCUCUCCUCCUCUCCUCUCCUCGGCUAAGGAAUGGACGGCAGUCCGGCGAUGUGAGCGCUGUCCGGACAGCAGAGGCUCACACGGCGCCAAGAUGGAGGACGGGCUGGUGUCGGAGGACGAUAUCUUGCUGUGGUCAGAAAAGGAACUCCAUGAUGCUGCAAAGAGGAACGACACAGAGAAAAUUAAGGAACUGAUCAAGAAGGGUGUAGAUGUCAAGGCCAAGAAUAAAGUCGACCGUAAAGCACUGCACUGGGCAGCAGGAGCUGGAUGUGAACAGGCUCUACGUCUCCUCCUGGUCCAUGACACUGAAGUUGAUGAGACAGACUCUUUUGGCAUGAAUGCUCUUCUUCUGGCGUCCUGGUUUGGUCACCUAAAAAUCUUGCAGGUCCUCGUGUCGUGUGGAGCAAAGCUCAACUGUAAAAACAAAGAUGGUCUGAGUAUGCUGCACUGUGCUGCUCAGCGAGGCCACAUCAACUUAUUGGAGUUCAUCAUGGAGGACCUGGAAGACAUCUGUCUGGACAGAGUUGACAAGUCAGGGAAGGCUGCACUUCACCUGGCUGCUGAACAUGGACAACCUAAAGUGGUGGAGUUUCUGAUUGGAAUGGGCUGCACACAUGGUUUGAAGGACAAGGAAGAGAACACAGCCCUACAUCUAGCAGCAAGGAGCGGCCACACUGACGUCCUGCAGAAGAUCAUUGAGACCGGAAUCAACAUCGAUGAGAGGAAUCUAGAUGGUCUCACAGCAUUGCACCUGGCAGCUUCUGGAGGUCACUAUGAAUGUGUCAAACUGCUGCUGGAGUCCGGCUGUAAUGUCAACGCGCAGACGAGUAACAACAUGAGCGCUCUGCAUUAUGUGGCACAGCAUGGCUUUGAGAGAGAGGCCAGUUUGCUGCUGGAGGCAGGAAUCAACAUAGAUGCUGUAAACAAUCAACACAACACAGCACUGCACCUAGCUGUGUUCAGCAAUCACACAGAGGUUGUACGGCUGCUUGUAGAUGCUGACUGCGACCUGGACAUCACUGACAGUAGACAACAGACUGCUCUGCACAUAGCAGCAGAGCAUGGUUGGCAGGACACGGCUGAGAUGAUGCUGAUCUCUGAAGUUAAUCUCAGUCUGACUGACAAGCAGGGCAAGACGUGUCUGGAGGUGGCAGCGAGAGGAAACCAUGUGAUCCUGGUUGACAUGAUCAUCAAAGCUGACCGUUUUUAUAAAUGGGAGAAGGAUCACAUGGGAGGCGAGCAGAACACCUGGGUAGGCAGACCUCUGAGCUUCAAGCAGGACCACCAGGCAGAAACACAGCACCUUCGCUCUGUCCUGUGGAGACUGGCCAGUAAGCACCUGUGCCGUGGGGAAUGGAAGAUUCUGGCACAACACUGGGACUUCAGCGACGCACAUAUACGAGCUAUAGAACAGCAGUGGACAGACAUGAAGAGCUUCAAAGAGCACGGUCACCGGAUGCUGUUAAUCUGGCUUCAUGGAGUGGUGGUGGCGGGGGAGAACCCGAUCAAAGGCCUCUACGAGGGGCUGGUGGAAAUCUCACGGACAGACUUGGCAGAGUGCAUCCGGCAGAAGGCAAAUGCAGAAACCAGCUCUCCCAAAAUGUGCUCUGCAAUGUGACCAAUACCGAGUGCCAGCGAAGGUUUCAGUUCACAUCAAACUCUGUUCAGCUGGAAAUGUCCAGCGUCGAGCCGCAAACAGACAUUGUACUGUCCAUAGCAUGUGUGUCUACAUAUCACACACUGAAUGGACUGUGAUCGCUCUGAAUUUCUUUUUUUUUAAUUUUCUUUUAGCGUUGGAGAAAAAGAUAUUGCAUUAAUUAUUACCAUUCUUAUUAGAAAUGAUUCAAUAUGAAUUGAAUGAACACUCUUAAUGCAUGCAGUACUUCCACAAAGGGCUUUUUAGCACAUCAUGACUUCCUGUCAUUCAUCAUAAUAAUGUAUAAUAAUACAUUAUUAUUAGUGCUUAAAGCUGCACUCAGUGAUGAACUUCACCAGUUUGACCACUGCGGUGUUUCUGCAGUCUCUAUGUAUUAGGCCAUGGUGAGUGUCUGCCUGCAGUAGAAGGUGAUCAGAAGCACACUCAGCACUUUAUCAACACAGUGCAACACGAAGUACUCGGGUAACAAAAAAGUAAAGAAAAAGCAACUCAAUGAUAAACUGAGUGAACUGAAGACAAUCCAUUGAAAGCAUGACUCUGUGCACACAGACACACAGACGUCCAGUGAUGUCAUGCUCAACAAAUCUCUCACACAUUAUCAUGUGGAAAUGUAACAACCAGCAGUCACGGUUUGAUGUGAAGACAGUUACAGCUUCAGUCUAGUCUCAACCUUUCACAGCAGAAGAUUUGUGACAGUAGUGACUUCACAUGUUGGUGCUGUGUGUUUAACACUGAAGGAUAGUAGAGCUGAAGUGAAAUGAUUUAAGAAAUUCAAACUCCAUUAUUAGCAGUUCAUCAGUAGUAUUUUCAUAAGUUUGUAUGUAUUUCAUAUCACUCUUCAUAAUGUCAUAUUUGUAUUGGUUAUCGAUUUGGUAAUGUAUAUUUGAUGUAUUUAUUGCUCAGCUCCAUAUAAACGUUGGUAUUUGGUCACUUUGUAAGAUCACCUUCAGACUCACCUGUGCACAUUCUGUUUCAUUGUUAAGCACUUCACACUGGUGCUAUAGAAAUAAUAAUGCUAUAAUUAAACUUCACUCACAGCUUGUGAUGCAGCUUAGCAGCGGAGCAGCUCUCAUACACAUUAAAUACACUGUACUACUAUGAUAGAAUGAAGCACAUGGAACUUUCCAGAUAAAGCUACCAGCAUCUUUCUUCUUCUUAUUCCUGUUGAUGUGUUCUAUGCAUCGAUGCCCAGUCUGACACACCAGUGGUCUUGUGUGUGUUUGUGGGAGGCAGGACUUCAGGCUCUGCACUCUGUCUUCAUGGCCUUCAAAAUGUUUGACUCAUUACAUUUCAGUGGUGUAAUGACUACAUACCAUUAGGACCAGCAACAUGAGCAGAUGAAGCUCAGUUUGUUAUCUAAAGCACAACUGGAAGAGAAAAGACAGCUCUGUGUUGACAUUAUAAACAGAGUUUAAUCGAGCUGAAAUAAUUAGAACAGGGUUUUUGUUUUCUCUUUUGAGUGUAGUGCCACUGAAGAGGGUUUGGAAUCAGCCUGAUGUUUCCAUGGAUAUUCUUCAUUUCUCAGUUUUGCUUUGAUCAGAACAAACAUUACUGUAUAUUAUGUAUAUUAAUAUGUGUAUUACUAUGGGAACAGUGUUGUAGGGCUUUACACAUGAUGUAUUUCCAUUUCUACUUGAUUUUUGUGAGUCACUAAAGAUGCAUUUUAAUGCUUGGUGUAAUUAUGGUUAAUGGUGUAUAAAAUAAUUACUAUACUAUUUUUGCAUGAAGUGAAUACAUGCCUGAGUACUUUUACAAAGUAAUGACACUAGUUUUUGUAAUGAUCUGUAUGACAGACCAUGUUUUGUACCAUGUUAAACUAUAAAGAGCAGAGUGAGUGUGUGCUGAGUUCUAAAUGUGUGGAGGUGUGCUAGAAAUAGAAGUUGUGUUUGCACGAGCCUGGCCGGUUCUUAAUCAGAGAUGGUUGAUUGUUUUUCAAAAUCAAUCAGAUAAAUUUUUUUUUCUGCAUCCAUGCAAAUGUAUUUUGUAGAAUUAAUGUAUAAACAUGUAUAAAGUUCAACUAUGUACAUGUUCAUGACACCAAUAAAAAGUUCACUUUGAAAACACA